AUGCCGCCAGAAGAGGUUCUCAAUGGAUUCAAUGAUGUUCUGGUAAUUAAGGACGCGUACAGCUGGGAGAAGUCGAAGAUACUAUCAUUUAUGCGCCAUGUGGUCAUGAAUCCACACUUGUAUGACAUUGAUUACGAUGAGAGACCAGCAAUUCAAAAACUAGUUCACGAAGUUUAUAAGCUCUGUCCGCCCGAUGGAACCUCCUUCGCAGGGCCACACAUGGAGCCUUACCAACCAACGAAGCGCAUUCUCAAUCCAGAAUGGGCUGUCAGCCUUGAACCGACCUCGAAAUUCAUCAUUGACCCUGUCAUAUACAAGGAUGUCCCGUUUUCGGGACUGUUUGACCUUCUUGGGGCCUUCCUGUCCAUAAAAGCAGCGCCAAUUUCUGCUACCGCAAGCAACUUCUAUUUACCGCUGGUGGGAAUGUUUGAUAUGUGGUGUAGUGCUUUGUGUAAACCCUGGCCAAUAAUGGUCAACUGUACGUGGGUUGAUCGUGGAGAAGGAAAAGGCAACUUCUUCCUAGGGGCUUCAUGUGCCGGCUACAAGACCAGACACAACCCCUCCGACACCGGCACCUGGGGAAGUGUAGUUAGGGAGAGUAGGUGGAACCUCAUUAACGAUGACACCAUGCGUGGAAGGGGAUAUUCGAUGUACGAUUGUCCCCAAACACGAGCUGGUAGAGGUAUUUGCGUACUUGCAUCAGUAACCAAGCAGGAAAGUUGUAAUGACUGCCGUGAAAACAGCACACCGCCGAAUUAUGAAUCUCAGAGUUAUGCCAACACCGUUGAGUGUCAAAGUAAAGUUCUCUCAACUUUGUUCAAGAUAAGGGGAGGGGUUGUGGUAGGACCUCGUGGUCCAUUAGAUCUUGUUUUGAAACUAGAUUCAAACCGCAAAUUUAAUAGCUAA